AUGCCCAAAACAACAGCUAUCCACAAGGGAUUAUGGAACCCUACUAAUGACAACACAGAGGUGGAAACACAAGAGGUUUCCGGUUCAAGGACUAGGUUUAGGGAUAGGGAGCGCACAAUUGUCGGUCGGGAAAUGGUUGAAGUACAUGAGAACGGUAGUAGUAGUGGUAGUGAGAGUGAUUAUGAGUAUGAACCUUUAGAGUCCGAUGAAGGAAGUGACCAUUUACUUGAUUUUGACUUUGACGCUGAGGAGAAUACAACGAAACUGCUUAAGGAAAAUUAUGUGGAUGGUGGAUGGGAACCUUUUAGUGUGAGAGGUGAUGUAUAUGAAGAUGACGGUGGGUAUUUGUCAAGGAUGUAUAGAAAUGGGGAGGUUUAUGAUGAUGCUGACAUUGGAAGGAUAAGGUUAAGAGCAUGGCAAUUAUUCAUGGAUAAAGACCAUUUUAGAGAUGUCCUUAGAGACUUUUGUGUGCAAGAGGGAUUCUCACUAGUGGUCAAAAAAGCUGAUAAUGACAGGUACACUGCAGAAUGUGCUGAUUUGAGAUGCUCUUGGAGAAUUCAUGCAAGUAAACUGCCAGAUGAGCACACUUGGGCAAUUAAAAGCAUUAGAGAAGGACAUAAAUGUGACCCCUUGGUUAACAACCCAAUGUGUAAUUGUGACCGGGCUGCUACAAAACUUCUUGAGGACAUUAGGGCCAGCCCAGAUAUUAAGGGGAAAGCUAUGAAUGCUUUGCUAUGGGAGAGGUACGGAGUGACUAUGGCUACCUCUACAAUUUACAAGAUGAAGGCCAAAGCGUUGCAUAUUAUUCAAGGGGGGCAUGAUGAAUCUUAUAAAAACCUUUUUAGGGGGUUAUUGAAUGGAUGUCGAGGUCUUGUUGGGGUUGAUGGAUGUCACCUUAAGGGCAACUAUGGCGGAAUCCUUUUAAGUGUCGUGUCUCUUGAUCCAAAUAAUGAGAUAUUUCCGAUUGCUAUUGCAGUGGUUGACUCCGAGAAUAAGACUAGUUGGACUUGGUUUUUUCAUCACUUAAAGAACAUCUUGACUAAUGAUGGAAGAGAUGAAUGGACGAUAAUAUCAGAUAGGCAAAAGGGUAUUGACCCUUCAUUGGAUGAGGUUUAG